UACUUGCGAGCAAUCGCCAUUUCAAAAUACCGAAGCUUUAUUGCGCUGUUUAGUUUGUUCAUCGAUGGGGUUUAAAUAAAGAGCCGGAUUAUUUGAAUAACAUUCAAGGUAAAGAGAACGAGGAGUUGUUUUAGCUUGUGUUCUAAUCAGUUUAUUUAGUAGUUGCUUAUCGUUUCUUUCUGACAUUUCGUCACCUAAUUCCACUGUCCUUUUCAUGCUAGCAGGGUAGGUUCAGGUUGUAGCAUGGUCUACUUUAGAAUAAAAAAACAAAUGUUGGUGAUCUAAUGUUAGCUACUUUUCUGUGUUUCUGCAAUAUUUUCACAUCAGAUCACUUUGAACAAGUAGGUAACUUGAUGUAGUUACCUAUUAGAGGUUAAAGGUUAACCAGCUAGCAAGGUCAUUUGCUAUCUCCCUCGGUGCAUAACAUACUGUACAUCAUUUGUAUUGAUGAUUACAUCACAACACUGCUUAGUGUUUUCCUCUACACAUCAAAUCAAUUCCAUUGGAGCUGAUGAUUGUAUGCAUAAUUUCAUGUGCCUUCUGUAACAUGGAUUCAAAAACAAGAACAGACUCCCCAUCCCUCCCUGCCACACACACACCAGUGUGAUAACCAGUCCAGCGUGAAGCUUAUUUCUUAAGGCUUUAUUUUCAAUAAUCAUGCUGUAUGGUUGUUUCAUAAAACCUGGAAAGAUAAGGGUAAAAAAAAAAUGUCACCACUCUAAAUCUCUAAAUGACUAAAAUGUAAUGAAGAUUGCCAGUCGCCAUUACCAUGUUUCCUCAUUCCCCAUACCUGUGCAGGUAGACUGAUUGUGAUGGAGCUGCCCAACUACAGCAGGCAGCUGAUGCAGCAGCUCCGUGCCCUGAGGAAGGAGAGUCAGUUCUGUGACUGCUCUAUCCUGGUGGGGGACACACCCCAUCGCGCCCACAAACUGGUGCUGGCCGCCUCCAGUCUGCUCUUUAGGUUGAUCAAUUAAUCAUUCAUUUCAAUCAAGCAGCUUUGUCACUUAUACUGUCCAAUUAAAUGGCACUGUCCUCAUUUAUGAAAAGUGCAUAGCCUACAGUACACAAAUUGUGAUUUAUAAACAAUGUAUAGUCUACAUGCACCCACAACUUCCCUCUCUUCUGUCUCAGGUCUCUGCUGGAGGGCUCGGACAGCAUCUCCAUCGACACGGCCGUGGUGUCGUCCCAGGAGUUCUCCUGCCUGCUGGACAUGGUGUACACCGGAAAGCUGCCCCCAGGGAAACACAACUUCACCCGCAUCAUUGCCGCCGCAGACAGCCUGCAGAUGUUUGACGUAGCUGUGGGUUGCAAGAACAUCCUCACCAACCUGAUGAAUCAGUCGACUACCACCGCCACCACACACACUACACAAUCAGCCUCACCAACCCCACCAUCCGCCGCCACACAACCACAGCUCCAGAGCCAGGAGGCCGAGCACACAGCUUCCCCAGAGACAGCUGCCCCUAGCAUGGGAGAGGGUGGUGUGAAGAUUGGCCCCUCUGGAGCCCAGGGGAAGGGAAAGGUGGAAGAGGCAGGUUUGGAGAGUGAAGUGACCACAGCAGCCACACGGAGCGAGCCAGUGAAUGUGAAAGAGGAGAGGAAAGAGAAGGAUGGGCCACCAUCUAAAAGAGCUUGCCUUCAACUUCCAGAGAGCACAGGUGGGUUUCAAUUCAAACGGGCUUAUUGCAGUGUUCUGUUUUGUUACUGUUAUGUCCUGAUUUAUUUUAAUCAGUUCUGUUAUGACGCUCCUGUGAGUCAGGUGACAUGUCAAAUAAGAUUUUAUUUCCUGGUUGCAGCUGAUGUGGACCCCCUGUCCCAGGGAGGAGUCAAGAUGGAUGCAGAGGUGGCAGAUGUGCAGCCGUGGCUCAGAGCACUGCAGACCUGGGACGGCAUCUCCACUGAGGAGAGACAGGUGAGACUUUGGAUUGACUGGAAGACAGUGCCCACUGGGCACACGUCAUUUCUACGUGGAUAAUUGGGUAAUAUUUGGUUGAGAGGUUGAUUAAUGAGAUUACAACCUAUAGUCACACACUCAAAAACACAGCCAAAAGUUAGUUGAAUUUCCAAUGUGUUAUCACUAUGCUUUCAACCAUCUAAAAGCACAACUACAUUCCAAUGGAAAAAUAAUGUCAGAUUUCUGGUUUAGUUGUCACCCAAAUGUCUAUCAAUGUGCUUUCAUCCAUUUAAAAGCACAGCAAAGUUCAAAUGGGAAUACAAUGUCAGAUAUUUUGUUUAUUUAUACAACAGAUGAAUGUGUUAUCACCAGCAGGGCUGGGCUUUGUUAAAACCCUGGAUGGGAGAGUAGCAGUAGAUAGAUCAAAACUCCAGUAGGAGGUGCUGCCCAGCCUGUUGUUUUUUCUGAUAGUGGCUAUAACGUUGAAGAUCUGACAUUGUUUUAAAGGUACAAAUUCAACAUAUUUUAUACAAGGUUUGUCUAUGUUGAAAUUUGGUUACCAUGGUGACAUAAUCCUGUGGUUGAAAUGUCACCCUCAAAAAAACAGUUUAUGUUGAUUACUUUUUUCAAAUCGAUGUAUUUUCCACGUAGAUUCCACGUCACAAUACGUGGACAAAUUACGCUGAAACAACGUUGAUUCAACCAGUUUGUGCCCAGUGGGUGGUCUCUGCUAUAACAGAAUGCACAAUGAAAUGCAACACUCCAUUCCUUAAAACUGUGAACCAGUCUUAUUCUCUCACGUGUUGACCCUUACCUAUCUCAGGUGAUACUGUCCUGCAGUGAGGGGGAUCCCGGGGGUCCUGCUGUGUUUCAGAGACUCCAGAGCAGAGUGAAAGAGCAGAGGAGUCUCUCAGCUCAGACACUACUCACCCUGCUGGGCCUGCUCAAGGAGUUUAACCCCAAUCUGGCAACCCUGCUGCAGGAGCACACUCAGCAAGGAGAAAACAGCAGCCAGGGAGCUACAGGUACAGAGUAGGGGAAAUAAGGACAACAGCAUGGUUGCCAGUCUGUUUCAAGCUUUAGCCAACAUGUUUGGCAACACAACAACAAUUGAGUUGACUAAAGUGUGUGAGUGGGAUCCAUCUAUCGCUCUUCUGUUGUUUGGACUUUUUAAAAACCUUCUCAGGCAACCGAUUCAUUAUCAAAUGGUCAAUCAAUUAGCCUAAUCAACGAUUUGCUGCAUUGAUCCACAGGCUCCGAGGCUGAAGAGCCGGAGGAGCAGCCCCAGUCCCCCACUACUGCAGAUGCAGACACCGCCGAGGAAGAAGAAGAGGAGGAGAAUGAAGAUGACGGUGAGAAAGAAGGAGAAGGAGAGAGGAAGGCUAGAUCGAAGGCUAAGCGCUCCUCCCCCUCUCAUCCGUACUCGUGUCGCUGGUGCAGUAAGGCCUUUGGCUUUAAGUGUCGUAUGGUGGCCCACACCAAACGCUGCACCAUGUCCAAGGAGGCUAGGCUGCAGUGCCCUGAGUGCCCAGAGGAGCUGCCCACAUCGCGGGCACUGCAGCUCCACCGCAACAAGGCUCACCCAGAGUCCAAAGCCGCCAAGAAGAAACGGCCGCAGGUGUCCUGUGAUAUGUGUGGCAGGACCUUCGCUCACCCCUCAGGUCAGUUUUCCCGAUCGGGGCUGGGAACGGAUUGUGUUAGUGUAGAGGUUCUGCGUAGCAAAACACUUCACAUUGAAGGGGAGAAACUCACUAUCUUACCCAUUACUAAUAUACAGCAGGCCUACCAGGUCUUAACUAUUCUGCAGGUGCACCUGGUGUGUUAUGUGUGUCCAGUUUCAUCGACUGUGUGUGUAUUCCUGCAGGUAUGCUGUACCACAAGCGCACAGAGCACUUUGAGGAGAAGCCGUUUGCGUGUGAGGAGUGCGGGGCCAAGUUUGGGGCCAACUCGUCCCUCAAGAACCACAUGCGACUGCACACUGGAGAGAAGCCUUACCACUGCAAAAACUGUGACAUGAGCUUCAGCGUGGCUGCUGCUCUGGCCUACCACACCAAGAAGAAACACUCUGAGGGUAGGACACACACUAGCACCAGAUUGAAGAGCUGUAACAGAUCUCACAUCUCAGGAUUCACAAAGCAAUACCAAUUCUCCGAAAAAACAAAAUACAAAUGUGUUUGUGUAAUGUGUGUGUGGUUUGUUUUUAGGUAAAAUGUAUUCGUGUCAGUACUGCGAGGCUCUGUUUGCCCAGUCCAUUGAGCUGACGCGUCACGUGCGCACACACACCGGAGACAAGCCCUACGUGUGCAGGGAGUGUGGCAAAGGCUUCAGCCAGGCCAACGGGCUCUCUGCUCACCUACAGACCUCUCACAGUGAGUAUGAUACUCCUGUUUAUGCUCCUAAAAAAAGAUGUAUUUCAGAGUAGACACGACACCGAGGACAUUUUAGAAAUGUCUCUCAAUCUUUUCACCCUUCUCUCUCUCUCUUUCCAUUUCCUCUCCCCCUCCGCCCCUCUCCAGACAUCUCGGAGCCUCACGACUGUCAGAAGUGUCGUCUCAGUUUCUCCUCGUUGGAGGACCACAGGAAGCACAUCCAGGAGUGUCACCCUAAGGAGUUCCACCAGUGUCCUGAAUGCAACAAGAUGUUCACCAACCACACCCUGCUGGAGAAACACAUAGCCGUCCACGCUGGGGGAAAACCAUUCAGCUGCAAGCUCUGCCAGAAGUCCUACCAGGUGAGAGAGAGAGUAUCCCUGUAAAACUGCUAUCCUUGGCUUGAAGGGAGUUUCUGGUCUAUGAUAAUAUGAUUUAAGAUGUCUUUGCAUUUGAACUUGAUUGCUCUCAAACACUCAUAGGUCUAUAGCAUACCUUUAUUAUCUUCCUUUACUAUUAAAGGAUGAGUUGGUAGAGCAUGGUGCUUGCAACGCCAGAAUAGUGGGUUUGAUUCCCAGGACCACCCAUACGUAAAAGAUAUGCACGCUGUAAGUCGCUUUGGAUGAAAGCGUCUGCUAAAUGGCAUAUAUUAUAUUAUUCACUGAGUGUACAAAACAUUAGGAACACCUGCUCUUUCCAUGACAUAGACUGACCAGGUGAAACCUAUGAUCCCUUAUUGAUGUCACCUAAAUCCACUUCAAUCGGUGAAAAUGAAGGGGAGGAGACAGGUUAAAGAAGGAUUUUUAAUCCUUGAGACAAUUGAGACGUGGAUUGUGUAUGUGUGCCAUUCAAAGGGUGAAUGGGCAAGACAAAAGUUUUAAGUGACUUUGAACGGGUAUGGUAGUAGGUGCCAGGCACACCGGUUUGUGUCAAGAACUGCAACGCUACUGGGUUUUUCAUGCUCAACAGUUUCCUGUUUGUAUCAAGAAUGGUCCACUACCCUAAAGGACAUCCAGCGAACUUGACACAACUGUGGGAAGCGUUGAAGUCAAAUUGCCAGCAUCCCUGUGGAACGCUUUGGACACCUUGUAGAGUCCAUGCCCUGACAAAUUGAGACUGUUCUGAGGGCAAAAGGAGGUGGGGGGGGGUGUGCAACUCAAUAUUAGGAAGUUGUUCUUAAUGUUUUGUACACUCAGUGUAUAUUACUUAUCAUAUCUCUCCAUCCACAGCAAAUGUCGGGGCUGUGGUAUCAUAACCGUACCAACCACCCGGAGGUGUUUGCAGGUCAGACCCACCGGCAGCUCAAGUCUCUGCUGCAGUGCAGCGUGUGCUGCAAGUUCUUCCACAGUGCCAGUAGCCUGGCGAAGCACCAGAGGACCGAGCACACAGGUGAGGGAGAGACCCAGAAAAUGCCCAAGCUUCCAAGCCUGUCCUCCCCCCGUAAUCGCUAAAUCUCUUCUUCUUUGUUAUUCUCAGAUUAAAGUUGUGCAUCCCUGUUGUAAGGAAUAUACUAUUCUUGUUUUUAUCUCAAAUAAUAUAUUUUUUAUUUUGUAUCUCCUAAAGGCAUGUUUGAUUCUGACGGGCUGCUGUUGGGGAAUCCGGAACUGCAAUCAGGUAAGAGCUGCGAUAAUGUCAUACUUCUACAUACCAUAGCACUCAUAACAUACAUAUCAACCCGUUCUAUCUGUCUGUGCCUGCUCUGCGUACAUGUGUAUUGAUCUCCUCUCCCCUGCUGUAUCCUCCCAGACCCAGACUCGUCAGUGGUGAAGUGCCUGUACUGUCCCAGCCUGUUCCCCAGCGAGGCUGAGAUGCAGGAGCACGCCAGCGCCGAGCAUUUCAGCCAGGAGGGGGCAGCGUUCGGCUGCUCUCUCUGCCCGCUGGUCUGCCCCUCCCAGCUGCAGCUCCAGGACCACUUCCUUUCCUGCCACAUAGGGACGAUAGAGGAGCAGGAGCAGGCCUCCACCUCCCAGACGGUAAGGCUGCAUCCUAAGUCAACCCCUACAACCUACCCCCUAUUCACUGAGUGUAGAUCUGAAGGGAUUGGAUAUGUGUAAUGGCUCCAUCUUGCCCUCUGAUAGACCAAGGGCUCUAGUCAAUCCGCAUCGCGGAAGUUCAGCUUUACAGCGUGAUUGAAAUUCAAAGGCAAUGUUCCUGCUUUAGCAGACACUGCAUUCACGGUAAAUGCUGCAUAUGUUGGCUCAAUUGGAAAUGACCUUUACAUUUCUAUUGCGGAAUCUGUAACGCUUUAGCUUUACAGAUUGAAUAGAGCCCUUAGUGUAAUUUUUACCAUAUUGCUUACACCUAUUCAAUCCCUUCAGAUCUCCAUACGUGAGUAGGGGUUGGGAUGACAGGGUGGUUUUGGGAUUGGGCUCUAGGCUCUCCUGUAUUUUGUCUCUUAUCUCAGUAUAUCUAUGUUAGUAACUAUGGCAAGUUAGUGAAAUGUGAUUGACAUUUCACUAACUUGUCAUUCCUCCCAUCAGGUGAUUGAGACAGAGGAGGACCCCACUGGCGUGGCGGGACAAGUGAUCUCUGUGGACCAAUCCCAGCAGGUGUAUGUUGCCCUGGGAGACACGGAGGACGGUCACUCCAGCACGGAGGUGAUGGCAGUCACCAUGGAGGAUUUGUUGAACGGAACCGUCACUUUCAUCUGUGGGGAGGGCCAGUGACCCCUAACCUCUGACCCCUGGUCUCUACUUCCUGGUGAAGGAUGAACUGUCCUAGCAACAGUGGGCAGCUUGGAAUGAAUAAAACUAACUUAUGCUACACCAAGGGACACUGAGACUGGUUUUGUAUCCUGUUUGAUCUGUAAAUAUUG